AAACUUUCAUAUCAUUUUUUAUCAUUCUAAUGGUACUCCCGAAGAGAUCAUAUAACCACAAGCGUCGAUAACGCGACUAGAGUAUGUUGUGUUUUGUUGGAAGCUGUGAAUUUAGCGGAUUCAGACAUUGUUAGGCUGCUCUGGCUAGUUAGCAAAGCUAUUAGUUGAGCCGGGCGGUGUUUGCGCCGAAUAAAACCAUGGCAGAUGCCAACAAUGGGGAGAGGACAGACGAAAACGAGCUGAAGGGGGCAACAGGUGGUGAAGAUGUCGUGGAUGAUGUAAUCCUUGAGCAGGGUGCUGUUCUGCUAAGAGGGUAUAUUAUUGAGCGAGUUACUGUAGAUGAUCCAUCCAUGCAUGUGAGCCCUGAGGAUCUAGGAGGAAGAUCUCAGGAGGGAGAUGAUCCUCAUAUCAAAGAGGUUGUAGGACAACUUUUGAAGAUAGCCGAUGACCUUAACCGGAAUGCUGAGCUUCAACAUCUCAUCAGCACUGUUCAGGCAAACUGCGCUCAGGACGUCUUCAUGACGGUGGCCAGGAGCAUCUUUGAUGAUGGCAUCAACUGGGGACGCGUGGUGGCUCUGUUUCACCUCGCGUAUAAGCUCAUUUACAUGGCCCUGACUCAGAACCACUUUGAAAUUAUCAGGAGGAUCAUUAGCUGGUUUUUACAGUUUAUGAAGGAAAACAUUUCUGCCUGGAUCAGACAGCAAGGAGGAUGGGAGGGCAUUUUCCGCAGCGUGUCAAGAUGGCGCACCGUGUCGUGCAUCGCUGCGGUGGCGUUCAUUGUAGCUGCUGUUUACUGGAAAAGAACUCGCUAGGAUAAAAGUGCCAGAUUCUUAAUUCUCACAAAUGUGGAAACUCGUAUCAAAAGCAAUCUAAUGUCUAAGUGGUGAAAUCAAGUGGACCAAUCAUGCUUCAUGUUGCCUUGCUAUGGUUAAAAACUUAAACGGAAACAGCCACUUCGACAGACACUGUAGCCUUUUAUUGUGAUUUUAUGUUUUUUAUUC